GACGCGACAACUCGGGGCGGGUGAAAGUCAGUCGGAAGGAAAAAAGCUCCGAGCUUUUGCUGCCCUAUAGCAGCGGCGGUGCUGGCGUGGUGGAACGAGGCGGAAGAAGAAGGAGAAGAAGAAACAGCAACGACAGACGCGAGGAGAGAACAGGAGAGGAAGAAGGUGCUUUCGCGCGCGCAGUGUUUUCCUCUCGGCGAGUGUUGGGUUUUAGCAGCAGCAUCAACAGUUAGUUAAGAGCUUGCGUGCGUGCGUGCGUGUGGUAAACUGCAGCGUGCGUGAGAAAAAGAAAAAAAUUUUCUUUCUGUCCUCCUCCUUCUCUGUCACUUUUUGUCAUUACAUUAGGUGUGAGCCCCUCUUCUCGUGCGCCUAGUGAACACAUCAGCCAUGACAAACCGGCCCGGGAACUAGAGGACGAGAGACGAAGGGAUGACCCUAACAGAUCGCGCUUCCAAAGCGGAAGAGUCACCAUGGGAAGGGACCGAGGACACUGCCCUGGAGGCGUUCUGCCGUACGGGCGAAGAUCUUCUCCUCACGAUCGACUUGAGGCAUACUGUCAAUCAAGAUCACUACGAAUUCGAAAUGUACCGAGGCGAGCCGCCGAUGCCGAGCGACCGUUUCCGCGUGGAGGCGCGCGGCAACAAGGUCCAACUGACCCUGCAGCACGCGAGCAAAGGUGACGCGGGCCACUACGCCCUGAUAGCGAGGAGGCUGGCCCGCCCCGGCGACAAGACGAGCGAGACCGAGCGAUUAUUCUCCAGACGAGUGCACAUGAGCGUCGACGAGCCCUCGUCCUACGCCGAGGAGGGCGACCCGCCACUUUUUCUCCGCCGGCUUACCGAUCUCACCGUCAAAGUCGGCACGCGGACGCGCUUCCUCGUCGAGAUACGAAGUGCUACCGAUGUCAAGGUAAUUUGGCACAGAAACGACGAACCGAUCCAGACAGGUCCAAGAUUCUCCUUUGUCCACGAAGGAAAUUUUUAUUGCGUCGACGUCGCACCUGUGACCGUCGAGGACCAAGGACACUGGACCUGUAUGGCUGAAAACCGAUCCGGUCGAUCAUCCUGCACAUCACAUCUCAAUGUUCUUGUUCCAAAAGCUUACAAGAGGCCAGAGUUUGUGAGUGAACUUCGAGCUUUGCUGACCGAGACCGGCACCGUAUCGUUAGAAUGUAAGGUCAUUGGAGUACCUACGCCAGUUCUCAAUUGGUUCAAAGACAACAAGGAAAUUAAGGCUGGUGAUGUAUUCGCACUGACUGCGAACCCAGACGAUCCCACAUCGCUUGGGACGUACUCGUGCGUGGCAAGAUCUUGCAUGGGCACAGCUUAUUCAUCGUCCAGAGUUCACGUUGUUGGUAAGGGAAGUAGAGAAGGAUCCUUGAAGCCAGCCGACACCCUAAUCGUAACAGGAGAGCCGCCUAUUUUCACUACACUUUUAAAGGACGAGUCUUGUCGAAUCGGAGAAAGUAUACUAUUGUCCUGUCGAGUAAAAGUACCACCAUGGCCAAAAGAAAUCACAUGGUACAACAAAGAAGGUCGAGUGGAAGCUGGGGAGCGUUACAAAAUCAUAGAAGAUGGACUUGGGGGUUAUUCAAUACAAGUAAAUCCAGUAGAAGCCGUUGACGAAGGAGAGUGGAAAUGUGUCGCCACAAGCGCAGACAACGUUAAACAACUCACCACUUGUUUCGUUGCUAUGUCCAUUCCAAAGAACUAUAGAAAGCCUCGUUUUAUGGAGAGUUUAAAAGCAGUAUUGACGGACGAAGGUCUUGUAUCGUUUGAGUGUAAAGUUGUUGGCUUUCCAACGCCUCUAUUGAGAUGGUUCAAAGAUGGACAAGAACUCAAACCAGGAGAUGUUUACCAACUUACCGGAACAAAUUCGUUAGGAUCCUACUGCUGUGUUGCAUCUAGUUGCAUGGGUGAAGCCAGAAGUACGGCAGAAUUGACAGUGGAAGAUAUUCAAAAUCAACUUAAUGAAGAAGAACGACUUCAGCUUUUGACAACCAAUCAGCCGCCGAAAUUCAUAAAAGGUUUAAGAAGUACUGAAGCUAAAAUCAGUGAAAACUUUAGAUUUUCAGUACAAGUUAGCGUAAUGCCAGAACCAAUAUUGGCUUGGUAUCGUGACGAUCAUCCAGUAGAAAAAGAAGAAAAAUAUCGAGUUGAAAAAGAAACUCUCGGCAUAUGUCAUUUAGAAAUAAAGAGACUUGAGUUUUGUGACCAGGCCGAGUGGAAGUGCGUUGCUAGCAAUGAUUUCGGUCAAAGUGUAACUUCGUGCUUUCUAAAACUUAUCAUUCCAAAGCACUAUAAGAAACCCGUAUUUUUGGAAAACUUGCGUGCUAUUCUGUCCGAAGGAGGUGCUGUUAAUCUCGAGUGCAAAGUCAUUGGUGUACCACAGCCUGUACUCAAGUGGUACAAAGAUGGUAAAGAACUUAAACCUGGUGAUAUACAUAGGAUAACUUCAGGCCAGGAUGGAACUUGUUGUUUGGGCACCUACACUGUAGAGGCGAGUAGUUGCAUGGGAUCUGUAAGCAGUUCAGCAUCUCUUUUAGGCUUUGAAGAUCGUGUUUCUUCAGCAUCGACAUUACCAAUGACAUCAAAAAUAGAUCGCGAACGUGAAUUGGCACGACACUUUUCAUUAUCUACUAUACACGAAGAAAGAACAUCACAGCUUUUGGAUACUGCGCAAACUGAUCAUUCCAUGACUGUUGACGAUAAAGGCGAUGUUUCAUUUAGUUUUGAUGGAAAAGAGAUUUCAGUGAGUCUUUAUGAAACACCUGAUCUUACAGAAGAAGAUGCGUUAAAAAUAGUAGAAAUGUAUGCAGACCAGCUCUCAGAAAACGUUACAGAACAAAACGUCGUAGAACUACCACCUAUGCGUUUUGUCAAGGAAUCUUCAACCUCUGGUAACUUACUCAUGGAAGCAGUAGUUAUCGAUGUAUCGCCAGAUUAUUUCGUUAGCCUUGAAGAAGGUGACGACUUACGCACUGAAGCCGAUUUAGAAGAUCUGUCUAUCAUAGAUGGUGUAUCUCUUUCUUCACCACCGCUAACAGAAUCAUUUGAUGAAGGAAAAUCACCGCAAAAACCUCCUCGAAGAAAAUCUGGAAGUAUUUCUUCGAAGGUACUUGAACACGAAUCAGAAAGUUAUCACAGUGCGAGAGGACCAACUUUAAGUAAGAAAAAAGAUGGAUUUGAUUUUGAAAUAGACAUGGAUAGCGAGGCAUUUGCAGAUGCUCUUUCUUCGGUUCACACAAAAGCAGAAAGUUCCAUGCAAGCUGACAACAAGCGAAAAGAAACUAAAAAAAGAAGUAUGAGUAAAGAUUUAAGUCUAGAUAUUGACGAUCCAUUAUUAGACUCGGUUACUGGCAUGGUGAAAAAGGAACGGCAAAGAGAAGAGUCUAAAAAAAAACGAAAAAUAGGCGAAACAAGUAGUUUUGAAGAAUCUUUAAUGGGUGGUGAAGAUGAAAUUAAACAUAAAAAAUCUUUAGAAACGAAAGUAUCUUUCGAAAAUGAGGAGGAAAGACCUUCUUCAAGAUCGAAUAAAGAACGAUUAGUUGAGUUACUGAGGCAAAUUUCUGACCCUGUUUUAGUGAUUCGGGAAGCUUUGAUAGAUUCAGAUUAUCUUUCCGAAGAUGAAGAAUUUAUUAAUGCAUUUUUAACGAAUAAUGUUGUAAUUCCAGUACAAAAUCUAUGUGAAAUAGUUGCUGACAUUGAAACGAAAGCUUUGAAAAAUGCGGGUGACAGAUCGCUUGUUCAAACUAUGCGAAUAUCGUUAUUAGAAACCAUUGGAGGUCCCACUGAAGAACUUUUGAGAGGACUGGAAUUAAUCAAGCGCCAAGAUAACAUUCAAACUAACUUAUCAAUCAUGGAGUCGUUAAUCGAUCCUGUUGAUGAAAUUUUUUUUGGCCUAUCAAAGUUUGAAUAUGAAUUAUCUGGUCGCAAUGUUAGCGUAAGUCCUGUAAUACUUGAACGAACGAUUCAAAUUACCGACCAACUUGGAUCAAAUCUCGAAAAAGUAAAUGCAGCUGCUAGAAAUGAGAUAAUAUCAGCUUUACAAAUUAUUCAUAAUGUAUUGAAAGCGUAUUUAAGCAGUAUUACAUUAAACCAGUUUGGUGGAUGGACAGAAAAUAUAGAUGCUGUACUUGUAGAAUCUUUGUCACGACCAUUAGAAGAUCUUGAACGGUCAUCGAAAUGUAUGCUUCAAAAUAAUUCAUCUGAAGAAACAUAUAAAGAAGUAGAUCAAAUGUCAUACGCGUUUAAUGAAAUACUUUCAAGAUUAGAUGCACUUGUAGUUGCGCUUGAAGGAUAUGAAAGUGAUUACAGAACAGCUUUUGUUGUCAAUUUAAAGACGUCUUUAGUUGCUGCUGCAGAACAACUUUCGAAAUCAAAAUUGGAAACAAAUGAAGAUUUUGAUAAAAAUGCUAAUUUACCAGAAAUAAUCCUGGAUCCUCUUAUUGAUGUUCAAUCCUCAGUAAACGCUGUUUUAGGUAAAAUAGAAAGAAUUGAUCAAGAAAAAGCAUCUCCAAUUCUUCAAUCUGAAUUAGCUUUGAGUUUAGCAGAAUUGAGGAAUGCAGUGUCAUUUGCUGUUCAUAAAACAACAACAUUGAAAAAAGAUGAAACCAUUAAUGCACUGAUUAAUUUAAAAGAGCCUUUAAUAGACUUGCAGUUAUCACUUACGAUGGAUCCAGUACCAGAAGAAUUAAAUAUAAUUAAAGAUUUAAUAUUGCCUCUUGAUUCACUCGAGAAUGUUGUCCAAACUGUUAUUCACAAUGCUCAAACAUUUGAAUCGAUUAAUAAGAUUUCAGAUGCGAUACAACCAAUUCAUACAAUUAUUAAGGAAUUAAAACAACAUAUUCCAAUGAUAAUAGGUACUCUUGAAGAUAAAAGUGGAAUAAAUAUUCAAGAAGUCAAAAGUUUUGAUGAAGAACGAAGUAUGCAACAGGUUGUUAAUAGUUUACGAAUGGCAUCAGAGUUAAGUACGGUGCAUUUCGAAUUAGCUACAAUAAUGGACAAGUGUGAAAAAACUAUUGGAAAUAUUGAAUCAUCUCGUAUAUUUCAAACGGUUAGUGAUUUAAGACAAAUCAUUGGCAAUACAGCUAUUUCUACAGACAAAAUUUCAAUGACCUCCUACCCAAAAAUAGAAAGUCUGGUUAAUGAAUUAUCAAGUUUGAAAGAACCACUAUUAAAAUUCGAAGAUGCUUUGAUAACUGAAGAUAGUACGUUACAAGAACAAAAAAUAGCCAUUGAAGUAAUUCAACCAAUUGAAAGGCUUAAAGCAGUAAUGGUAAAUUUUGCAGAUGAAAUCAUUCAAACUGAAGAAAUUCAUUCUAUAAUUGAUGUAAUUGAUGGUUUGAAAAAAGAUAUUGUUCUGCACACGAGACCUUCAACGAAAACCGCUGUCGAAGAAGAAUAUAGCAUAAUAUCUGAAAGUUAUUCAUCUGCAGAUUUUGACCACAGAAACUUGUUAGAGAAAGCUGAAUUACAAAGUAUAAAAAAUCAAGACGAACUCGAUGAAGGAUCAUUAGAAAUUUCAGACUUUUCAUUUAUAGAAAGAGGUUUAAAAAAUUCAUCGAACAAAAUUGCUCCAAAAGAUGAAAAUAGUUUUAGUAAUGAGCCAAAUAUAGUCGAUCGAAUCUUUAUUGGUGAGAAUGCAGGCAGAGUAUUUGAAGUUCAUGACGAAGUACAUAAAAGAUCGGACAAAAUUUCAGAUAAACAUGUAAUUUAUCCAAAAGAAGAAUUCGCCCUCAUUAUCUCCCAAUCUUUGCAAGAAAUUCAGCAAGACAUAUCAGAAAUUCUAGAUGAAUUUGAGCAAGAGUUUACAUCUCAUCCCGUGUCUCGUUUAGCUGAAGCUCUUGAAAAUCUGCGCAGAACUAUAUUAGUUGUUCGUUCAAAUAUUUCUCACAUGACUAUAGAAACAUCAGAUGAAAAAUCUGAAUCAUCUCAUGCUGAAUCUUGUGAAGGGGCGGAAAAAAUAUCACUAUCUCUAAAAGAACUAUUGCAACCAAUUUUAGAAGUUCGUGAAGCAUUAUCUCAAACUCAGGAUCAUGGAGCACCAGAAGUACUUUUGUUAAAUCGGCUGGAUCAACCAAUACGAGCUAUUGAAUUUAAUGUUUUGCAACUAGCAUUGGAAGCACAUUCGUACACAGUAGAAAGUGAAGAAACAUCAAGUCGUGUAAGUUUAGAUGCUAUGGCACGAGUACUUGAAGAUAUAGAAUUUCAGAUUCCUCUUGCACUUGAUGAAGUUAGCUCUAGACAAGAAAUACUUAGUACAUUACGUAAUAUUUUUAAACCACUCGAUAUUAUCAAUGAAAAAAUGCAUGAAAUACCUCUCGAUACGGCCGUUGAAGAUAAUUUAGAAAUAGAUAUAGCCAAUGUUUUGAUUACACCAAUUGGCGAAUUUCGUGAUUCUUUGAAUGAGUUGUACAAUCGUAUAGAAACUGCAGAUUAUCACGAUGAAAGUAAUAAAAACACUGUUUCAAUUUUAAAAUAUUUGAUUGAACCUCUGGUUGAAUUACAAAGUUCUCUGUCCGUGGUAAAAAGUUGUAGAAAAACAUCUAUUUCUGAUACUGGCUUGCUGGAUGAAAGAAAAAAUGUUAUGAUGCGAGCUGUGGAAGAAGUAAGAUUUGGUAUCAGCAAAAUACGCAAUGAAAUUAAUAAUACUGAAAACAUGAGUAUAUUGAAAAACUUUAUUACAACAUCGGUUGAUGCAUUAGAUUCUGCUAUAGUUUCAUUUCAAAAUCAAAUAAGCAAAGCUAAUUAUCAACGUCGACAAAGUUGUUUAGAAACUUUACAACAAAGGUCUAUUAUACCUUUGCAGAAACUUGGAGAAAAAAUUACUAUUAUUAAGGAGAAAAUGGAUAAACCAUCAUUAGAUACUAUUUUACAACCCUUAGAAACUUUAUCAAAACAGAUUCAAUUGGCUCAAAUUCAAUUUUCACAAUCUUCAGAUCAACCUUUAGAUGAAGAAGCAAUUAUUGAAGGAUUUUUAUAUCCUGCAAAACAUUUACUUUCAUCCUUGGAAUCAGUAAAGCAAGAUUUAAGUUUAAAUUUAAAAGAAGAUUCUGUAAGUCUUUUACAAGAAUUAGGGGAAUGUACUUCAAAUUUGGCUUCAACAUUUUUAAAACUUCAAAAUGAGCUGACGAUAGAGGGAGCCAACGAAAAAUUUUCUGUCAUUGAAACUUUAUCUGCAGUCACAGUACCUCUUAAUAGUAUAAAGCAAACUAUAACUGAAAUUUCAAAAAACUAUGAAGAUGCUUCUGUUUCAUCGCGUUCCCAAACUGUAGAACAAAUUAUUAUUGGUGAUGAAAAAAGUUUAAUUGAUUCUAAAACUGAAAAGCCACAAGAAGAUAAAAAAAAGGAAUUAGUCGGUAAACUUCCUACAAUUUUGACAACAGUUGAAACUAUAGUUGAUGAAUUUAUUGAAGUAUCAAAGCAAGAAACUGAAAGUUUGACUACUUUAAAGUUUGCUACUGAAGAGACGAUUUCAGAAAAUGAAAAGGAAUCAUGUAGUUUAAUUGAUUUAGAACAUAAAAAAUUAGAGGAGUCACCAUUAAAAAGUAUUGUACACACAGAAGGUGCAGCAAAUAAGUCAGUAGAAAAAGAUUCUGUGAAUAUUAUUGAAUCUUUAGGAGAGAUUCCUGAUAGGCGACAUAGUAUUACAGCUUCAUGGUCCAUGAUAAUUGAACCUUUGAAUAACUUACAGCAGUCAAUUUUAACAAUCAUAGAAACUCCUACAGAAAUUAGUAUUAGAGAACCAAGUGCUGCUCAGAAUCAAGUUAUCAUGCAACGUUUAACUGAUUUGUAUUCUUCAAUUGCAGCCAUGCAGCAAAUUGUCAGUGAUAAUUCUGAACAAAUAACUCUUACGUCUUGGCAAGAAAAAAGUUUACCCGCUAUGAAAAAUUUAGCUGUUGCCUUAGAAAAAUUAGGAGAGCAUCUACCGAUACUUGCAGAUCAGAACAUGGAAAAAGAAGAAAUUGCAUUACAAACAAGUGAAAUGAUUUAUAGUAGUGAUGUCAGCACCGCUCUAAAAACAUUGAUUGCACCACUUCAUGACUUAAGAGAACAUUUAGGACUGAUAGUUCAAGAGCAAGUACCGUGUGAUUUGGAAAUUUCGGAGAUAGAUCUAGAGACAAUAAAAACAAGAAAGGCCAUUGAAAGUGUUGAAGAAAUAACAUACUUUAUUCCACAUAUGGAUGAACAACCCAUCGGAAGCGUUUUAAAUUUAGCUGAGUUGCAAAGUGACCAUCUUAUUUCAAGUGAACAGGAUAUAAAGUCAGUGCUUUCAAAAUAUGAAAAAGUCAAAGUUACCAAUGAAUCAUGCCACGAAUUAGUCGUUGAAAAAAUAGUAUCCCAAGAAGGUUCUGAAGAGUCUGAUAUGCAAGCUAUGGUUGAAAAUAUAGAAGAGGUGGCAGCCAUAAGGACAGUUAAAGAAAAGUCCUUAGAGUUACCAACUAAACAUGUUACAACUGAUGAGUUGUCUGAAAAAGUACAUGACUCUACUUAUCAAGCAAAAAGUGCAGAGUGCGUUAGGAGUAUUUCUGCUGAAAAAGUUUCUUCCCACGAAACAAACGAUUCUUGCAUAACAGAUCAAGUGACAACUGAUAAGCAAAAACUCAAGCUACACACUGCUGAGGCAGAAGAUACUGAAAAUAUUGAAGAUGUUACUGGUAAUAUAUGUGAUUUUAUAAGAAGCGAUCAAGCUGAAUUGAAAGAUUCUUGUCAAGAAAAGGUAAUGUUUCAAGAACUUCAAACAUUUUCAGAAAUUGAAAACAAUACUCACUUAUCUUGUGUUAAAAAGGAAUUUUUAAUAAAGCAAGAAUCAGGUGAAGAACGUGAAAACUUCAUCGAAGUAGCUCAAAGUAAAGCAAAAGUAUUAUGUGUAGAUGAUACGAAUAUUAAAGACCAACAAGAUGUUCCUGAAAGUAAAAUUAAAAAACAAGUAUCAGAAGAUUUUAAAAAGAAAAAAGAAUUAAGUACAAAAACAGAAGACGUAGAAAAUAGUAAAGAUACACAGAGCAAACUAAAUAUGGAAUUAAAGACCGAAAACGUAACACAAGAAGAAAUUAACAAAAAAAAUAAAAAACCGAAUAAAAACCUAGAAAAAUCUGAAUCCAUAGAAAAUCAGGAAUCAGAUGCAAAAGUUCAGUAUCCAAGAGAAGAAACAAAAGUAGAUGAUGAAAAAAGGAAAGUCGAAAGCGCGUUAUGGUUUGUUAUUAGCGAACCACUUUAUGAGUUGCAAGAAAUUCUACCGUUACUUAUUGAAGCACCCAAAACUCUAGAAGCACUCAUAGCAUUGGAAACAACUAUGACUUCUUAUAAUACUAUCAGUGAGUGUUUAUUAAACUUAAAAAUAUCAAUUGAUAAUGUCCGAAAAACAAAAGAAAAUUCAGAACACAAAGAUGAAACAGCUUUGGAAAAUGACCGAUUACACGCAUUACAAAAUCUCGGCAUACUAUUAGAAAACUUAGAACUACAAUUACCUACAUUGUCAAAAAGUUUAAAAACUAAAAAAAAAGAAACUCUUGUAUUAGAAGACAAACCAUUGUUAGGUGAAGUUAGCCACAUGUUACAAUUAUUACUUGCUCCAUUGCAAAAACUUAGAGAUCGAUUGCAAUUCAUAAUUGAGGAACAAAACCUAAGAGACUAUAAAUAUGUAGCAGAAAUACAACCCGUAAUAAAGGAAGAAAAAGAAGAAUUGAGACAAAAAAAAGAAACAAAAGAGACUAUACAAUUAGAAGAAGAGCAAAAUCUUCAGAAGGCUGAAGAAAAAAAAAAUGAGAAGCAACAACAGGUAGAGGCUGAAAAAGCUAAGGCAGAACAAAUAGAACGAGAUAAGAAGGAAAUGGAAGGAAAACUGAGACAAGAGGAAGAAACGAAAGAGGCUACACGAUUGGAAGAAGAAUUAAGACGUAAAAAGGCUGAAGAAGAAGAAAAUGAGAAGCUACAACGGGAAGAGGCUGAAAAAGUUAAGGCAGAACAAAUGAAACGUGACAAGGAAGAAAUGGAAGAAAAACUUAGACAAGAAGAAGAAACGAAAGAAGCUACACGAUUGGAAGAAGAAUUGAGACGGAAACGGGCUGACGAAGAAGAAAAUGAGAAGCGACAACAGGAGGAGGCUGAAAAAACUAAGGCAGAACAAAUGAAACGUGAUAAACAAGAAAUGAAAGAAAAACUAAGACUAGAAGAAGAAAUGAAAGAAUCUACACGAUUGGAAGAAGAAUUGAGACGGAAACGGGCUGACGAAGAAGAAAAUGAGAAGCGACAACAGGAAAAGGCUGAAAUAGCUAAGGCAGAACAAAUAGAACGAGAUAAGAAGGAAAUGGAAGGAAAACUGAGACAAGAGGAAGAAACGAAAGAAGCUGCACGAUUAGAAGAAGAAUUAAGACGUAAAAAAGCUGAAGAAGAAGAAAAUGAGAAGCUACAACGGGAAGAGGCUGAAAAAGUUAAGGCAGAACAAAUAGAACGUGAUAAGAAGGAAAUGGAAGGAAAACUGAGACAAGAGGAAGAAACGAAAGAAGCUACACGAUUAGAAGAAGAAUUAAGACGUAAAAAAGCUGAAGAAGAAGAAAAUGAGAAGCGACAACAGGAAGAGGCUGAAAAAGCUAAGGCAGAACAAAUAGAACGUGAUAAGAAGGAAAUGGAAGAAAAACGAAGACUAGAAGAAGAAACGAAAGAGGCUACACGAUUGGAAGAAGAAUUUAGACGCAAACGGGCUGAAGAAGAAGAAAAUGAGAAGCGACAACAGGAGGAGGCUGAAAAAGCUAAGGCAGAACAAAUAGAACGUGAUAAGAAGGAAAUGGAAGAAAAACGAAGACUAGAAGAAGAAACGAAAGAGGCUACACGAUUGGAAGAAGAAUUUAGACGCAAACGGGCUGAAGAAGAAGAAAAUAAGAAGCGACAACAGGAAGAGGCUGAAAAAGCUAAGGCAGAACAAAUAGAACGUGAUAAGAAGGAAAUGGAUGAAAAACUGAGACAAGAAGAAGAAACGAAAGAAGCUACACGAUUGGAAGAAGAAUUAAGACGCAAACGGGCUGAGGAAGAAGAAAAUGAGAGGCGACAACAGGAAGAGGCUGAAAAAGUUAAGGCAGAACAAAUGAAACGUGACAAGGAAGAAAUGGAAGAAAAACUAAGACAAGAAAAAGAAACGAAAGAAGUUUCACGAUUGGAAGAAGAAUUAAGACGUAAACGCGCUGAGGAAGAAGAAAAUGAGAAGCGACAACAGGAAGAGGCUGAAAAAGCUAAGGCAGAACAAAUAGAACGUGAUAAGAAGGAAAUGGAUGAAAAACUGAGACAAGAAGAAGAAACGAAAGAAGCUACACGAUUGGAAGAAAAAUUAAGACGUAAAUGGGCUGAAGAAGAAGAAAAUGAGAAGCGACAACAGGAGGAGGCUGAAAAAGCUAAAGCAGCACAAAUGGAAUUUGAUAAGAAGGAAAUGGAAGAAAAACUAAGACUAGAAGAAGAUACGAAAGAGGCUACACGAUUGGAAGAAGAAUUAAGACGUAAACGGGCUGAGGAAGAAGAAAAUGAGAAGCGAAAACAGGAGGAGGCUGAAAAAGCUAAAGCAGCACAAAUAGAACGUGAUAAGAAGGAAAUGGAAGAAAAACUAAGACAAGUGGAAGAAACGAAAAAAGCUACACGAUUAGAAGAAGAAUUGAAACGUAAAAAGGCUGAAGAAGAAGAAAAUGAAAAGCGACAACAGGAAGAGGCUGAAAAAGCUAAGGCAAAACAAAUGGAACGUGAUAAGAAGGAAAUAAACGAAAAACUGAGACAAGAAGAAGAAAAGAAGGAAGCUAUACGGUUAGAAGAAGAGCUGAAACUUAAGAAGGCUCAAGAAAAAGAAAAUAAAAUUCGAAAACAGACGGAAGUUAAAAAAGUUAAAAAUGUACUAGCGGAACAUGAUAUGACGGAAAAGGAAGAAAAUAUGAGGCUAGAAGAAAAGGAAGAGAAGGAGGCUGUAAAAUUAGAAAAUGACAUAAAACAUAAGAAGGCUGAAGAAGACAAAUUAAAAGUAGAAGAUAAAAAGCCACAACAGAAGGAGGCUGAAAAAACUCAAGUAGAUGAAGUAGAAGGUAUGAUAAAAGAUGAAGCCGUUAGCGAAGAAAUUAGUGCAGAAACUAAAUAUAUCAAGAAAGAUACGCAACGUUUGAAGGAGGAAACAGUUAAUAUUACUAUGGAUCAACAUACGAAGACACGUGAACAGGAGGUAUGUGAUCGGAGGAAAAAGGCAAUUAUAACUGAAGAAGUAGUAAGUGGUAAGAGAAGUAGUAGAGAAGAAAGUAAUUUGAAGGAGUAUGUAAUUAGUGAAGAAAAUCAAAAAGAUAAAUGGACAAAAAAUGAAAGCACUUUAGAAGGUACAAGACGCAUUAGAAACGGUGUAGAUGUUGCAAGAGCUGUGGAAGAAACAACAAAUAUAAGUAAAUUUACAGCAACGGGUGGUAGUAAAAUGGUUAGAAGUACAGAAUAUUUAAGUUAUGAUAGAUAUACGAUUGAGUCUUCACCUAAAACUAGAACUUUCGAAAAUCUUUAUCAAUACACAAAUGAAGAUUCUUUGCCUUGUAAAUCUAGAUUUGAAGCUUUAAAAAGUGAUUAUCACCGGGAAAUGAAGUUUAAUGUUGAUAGUAAUUCGUCGAAUAAGAGAUCCGUAACUUGUCUUGAAUCAAAAAGAGGUGAAGAUCAAAUUAAGGAAAGUAAAAUGAUUUUACUUAAUGAUCGGUCAAGUCCUACUUUACGGGAUGAAGUAAAAAAGAUAGAUUUUCAUUACAAAAGAAAUAAAAAUCUUCUCUCAAACUGUGCAAAAUUUAAUUUUUACUCAUCUUACGAUGGACCUACCAUUAGACGAGUUGGAAGUCCGAUAAGUUUUGAUUACAAGAAAUCAUCACUUUGUGAUUUGUCUCGUUUAAAACAUGACGUAUUAGAUACGCAUCGACUAUACCCUAACAGAAAAAAUACAUUUUUAUCAAAAUCAAGAGAGGACUUGCCACGUUCAGAUAAGACUUUGCGAUCUUCAUAUCCUUCUUUAUUCAGUGGUACGAGUAUUCUAGAUUUAACGACAGCAGGGAGAAUAUCGUAUGGUUUUGAUUUUUCUAAAAAGUAUAGAGCUUACUCGAAUUCUUUCUUACAAUAUGAAUUAGAACCUAAAAAAAAGUCGUAUUAUGGGUCACACGAUAACAUAAAAAAGGAAUUUGAACGCCCAACAUACACACCUAAAUCAUUUAAUAGUAACGACUAUUCUUUAUCGGUAUCAGAGAGUCUAGCACUUAGUCGAUCUCGUAGAAGGUUUGAAUCAAGAAAUCCUACAAUAAUUUACGAAGGAAAAGCUGAAACAAAAUCUUCAAAAACUAGAUUACCAGAUAGAAUGAAAGGUCCAACUUUUUGUACAAAAUUGACCAACUGCACGGUAGCUGAGGGCUCUCACAUAAGGCUGAUGUGUACAGUUAUUGGACAACCAGAACCACAGGUACACUGGACAAAGAAUGGAGAUCGCAUUCGACCUGGUGGACGUGAACGCGUAAAAUAUGAAAACGGCAUUGCUACAUUGGAGAUUAUUUCUGCUGAGUUAGAAGAUGCUGGUUAUUAUACCUGCGUUGCUACUGAUAAAAAUUCUUAUGGACAAUCUACAACUGAAGCUACUGUACGAAUUUAUUCAACUUUCGAAUACUCUCCCUUAAGGCCUACGUUUACAUCUGCUUUAAGAGAUAAAUAUCGAUUGUCUGAUAAAGAGUUAAUCCUUGAAACUCGCGUACGUGGCCAGCCAACUCCUUCAGUUUCAUGGCUUAAAGAUGAACGACCACUUAAAGGUGGCCGUUACAGACAAUCUAUUCAAGAUGAUGGCUUUUGCCGCUUACACAUAUCAAAUCCUGAUGUAUCAGAUAGUGGACAAUAUGUUUGUAAAGCAAGUAAUGAUAAAAAUGCUGAUAAAAUUCAUCACAUGGUUCACUUUGAUGAUUUCAAAAAUAAACGUGUCAGAAGAGAACACAAAGAUUAUGUAUUUGAUAAACGUAUUCAUGAUUUGAGAAAAGGAAGAGAAAAAUUGCCAAAAAUAUCAACUUCUUUAUCUGAUUAUAAAGUGCCUGCUGGAGGAACAAUAGCUCUUCAGGUUGAAAUAAAAGAUACAUCAACACCGAAUGUAACGUGGCUCCGUGACAGAGGAGAAAGAAAAGAAAUAAUCACAAGUCCCAAAAUUCGUACUUACGCCGAAUCUGGAGUUUAUACGCUCGUUGUUCCCGAAGCUACAGAAGGGGAGGCCGGUACUUACAUUGCACGCGUGAGCAAUGCGUAUGGUCAUGUUGAUACAAGUGCAACUGUUGAAGUUAUACCGUUAAGUAAAUUUGAUGAUCUUGGAAAACCAGCUAUGUUUAUUUCGAGACCCGUUGAAAAGGUGAUGUACGUAACAAGUGGAGAGCCCGUAUCCAUAUCGUUUAGAAUGAGUGGUACUCCAAGGCCUAGAGUUGUAUGGAUGAAGGGUAUAAGAGACAUAACGGAUGGACCACGAUCUCACAAAGAAAUAAUAGAUGACUACGUAAGACUGACCCUAAACAGGGUAAAUUCGGAUGACGAGGGAACAUACUGCAUACUUGUAAAAAACAUCUAUGGCUGUGACAGAUUAUUUUUCACAUUAAAGAUUAAACAACGAGCAAGAUCCUUAACGCCUACCGCAGAAAGGCUAAGUCUGUCGGAUCGCUUAUCUGAUAUACAUAUCAAGGAACAGGAAUCUUAUUUAAGAGAUGUUCCAGGACCAAUAAGUACCGAACCCAUUGUUACUGAUGGUGGGAGAAAUUGGCUAUCCCUGAGCUGGGGAAAAGCAGAUCAACGUGGACCUGCCCCGGUUAUUGCAUACCGAGUUGACGCUUGGCAGCUGGGAGGAGACGGAGGAGCACGAUGGGUUGAGCUUGGUAUUUCGCCAAUAAACUCAUUCGAUGCUUUCAACCUCCGACCCGGCGGUGAAUACAAGUUCCGGGUAACCCCGAGGAAUCGUUACGGAUGGGGCGAGUCAGUGACGAUGAAAGGUUCAGCGACGGUGAGCGACAACGUCGAGAUUCCUGAAUUCGUGAGAAUCCUUCCUGGACAACUGAAAGCACUCGCCGGCACAACAGUCAAUUUAGAAUGCGAAGUUCGAAGUGAUUCGAAAUUCGACGUUAAAUGGCUGCGAGAGGCAACGGUGAUCGAUUCGAGCUUAGAUUCUAAAUAUGUGAUUAAAAACGAAAAAUCGAGGUGUUCGCUAGUUCUGGAAAAUGUAAGCGAUGUUGAUACCGGUAGGUAUAUUUGCCAAGUAUCAAACAAAGCUGGGCAAGUUUCAUCCUACGGCCGAGUACUGGUGGUUUGUGAUCCAAAAAUUUUGAGCGCAGACGAGCGCCUCAAGAAAAGAUUCUUCGACGGGCUGUUGGAAGAUGGACCACCGUGUUUCACGAUGAGACUUCGCGACAGAAGAGUUCAAACUUCGUAUCCCGUGAGACUGACGUGCCAAGUUCACGGAUAUCCUGCGCCUGAAAUUUCUUGGUUCAAAGAUGGAAUGGAAAUUCACGAAAGUUUUGUCCGUAAAAUUUCAGCCACGCGUUCAAUGUACAACGACGAGUCGCAUUUCCAUACGCUCGAAAUUACCCGGUCGAGCUUGGAGGAUUCCGGGACCUACGAGGUAUGCGCUAAAAAUGCAAACGGCUCGGUGUCCUGUCGGUGCAUGCUCGUAGUUGACAAGGGCAUUAGAGCUUACAUAGCCCCCGAAUUCCUCUAUGGUCUGGAUAUCGCGUACGCCGUCAAAGUUGGUGGCGAAUUGAGAUUAACGGCACAGAUCGAGGCCUACCCCAGCGUUGGAGUUGCAUGGCAUCGAGAUGGGAUCCGGUUGAGACCGAGCAGGCGUGCCGCGAUGUCGUUGAGCCACGACGGUACGGUUGAGUUAGUCCUGGCCAAAAUCACAGCCAGAGAUGCAGGUGUUUACACGGUGGUCGCCUCUAACGAGGUCGGCAAGGCCGAGACGUCCACCACAGUGUCCAUCGUUGGGUCUGACGAUGGGCCAAACGCUUCGGACCAGCCCCAAGUCUUGGUCAAUCCACCGGAUACAGAUGUUCCUUACUCGAAGGCACCGCUUUUCGUGACGAAGCCCUUGUCGACGGAGGCCCAGGAGGGCGACACCGUGAUCAUCCAGUGCGAGGUUGUGGGCGACCCGAAACCCGAAGUCGCCUGGCUGCGCGAUUUUCUGAAGCCAGACUAUUAUCGCGACGCACCGCACUUCCGGCGCGUUGGGGACGGUCCACAGUACAGCUUGGAAAUUCCCCAUGCCAAGCUCGACUACACGGGCGCGUAUUCAGUGGUGGCCAGAAACGAACAUGGCGAGGCGAAGGCCGUGAUAUCUUUGCAGAUUUAUGCCAAAGGUUUAGGAAAGGGCGACAGCAUGGAUCAAAGCAGUAUCAAACAGAGUAAUGUGCUCAGUGUCCCAGUUAUCACAAAAGAGUUGAAAGACAUGCGCUGCUGCGACGGAGAUGCCGUGACUCUCGAGUGCAAAGUGUACGCGCCUUCGGAGACUCCAAACAUUCGAUGGGAAAAAUCUGGAAAGCCUUUGGUUCUGAGUGGUGAUUUCUCAGCCGAAUUCAACGGCGAAACUGCCAAACUUGCCAUUCGUCACGUUUAUCCCGAAGACGAGGGCGAGUACACGUGCGUCGCCCUCAACGAGCUGGGAAAAGCUUUCACUUCUGCCUGCCUGGUCGUCGAUGUGCCAGAAGGCAAAGAAAACGUCCUCAGCCAGCCGCGUCUCACUAGACCACAAGGCCUUCUGUCAGCGAAUUCAACCCCAAGAUCAACACCGAGAUCGACGCCUGUUAGAAGUUUAUCUCCCGGAGUGACCCGUGGUCGGGAAUUGAAAGCGCUGAAUCUACCUCGUCGGAUCGAGUCGCCGGGUAGCCUGCGCUACAGGAAACCAAAAUUCUGUCCGCCCAAAUUCUACACGAUACCGCACAACCGCGUGGCAGAGGAGGGCGAGACGAUAAGGUUCCAGUGCUCCGUGACUGGCCAUCCGAUCCCGUGGUGCUCGUGGGACAAGGAUGGCGAGCCCGUGACGCCGAGCGCCAGGAUCAGUAUUAAGGAGAAGGACGAUAUCAAGACCCUGGAAAUCGCGGAGGUGACGCUCGAGGACGCGGGACUGUACAGGGUCACUUUGGAGAACGACGUGGGGAGGACCGAGGCUUCGGCUCGAUUAGAAGUUAUCAAUCGAAACACGCUAACUUCUCAUCCCAUUAGAACAAGGAGCGCAUCACCCCGUACUUAUCCAACUUUUAAUAGAAGCCUUCUUGGCACGACUACAAGACUGAAUGGAUGUUUGCAGCUACAGUGUGAUAUACGUGGUUCUCCAAGUCCAAGCACAACGUGGUUCAGAAAUGGAACGAGGCUAGAACGAUCGCCCAGAAUAAAAAGAAGCUUCAUCGGCGAAAGAGCUACUCUUGAAAUAUCUGGAGUCACGUCUAACGAUGCUGGUGAAUACAUUUGUGAGGCGAAGAACUUGCUUGGAACAACAAGAAGCAGUUGCAAGGUUGAGGUACUGGACGCAGGCGACCCUUCGACCCGUGAUUGCGAGCCCCCGAAAUUUUUGCAAACGAUUCCAAGCGAUUCGAUCGUCAUGGAAGGUCACUCGUACGAAUUGCAGGCACGUAUAUCGGGUACACCGCCAUUUUCUAUAAUUUGGCUCAAAGAUGGCCACGAGAUCGUCGACAGCGACUACUACCGGCACGUCAUCUACGAGGAUGGUGGCGUUGCUUUGCGUUUCCUCAACGUUCACCCACUCGAUGCUGGUGACUACACGCUAAUUGUCAAGAACCAACACGGACAAGCUUCUUGUCGUGGUCUUUUCAUCAUUCAAGACUACAAGAGCUCAUUACCAAACACAUCGUUGAAGUUUGCAAAAAUACCGGUACCAGUUUUUGCGAAAAAAGGCGAAACAGCGUGUUUCUGCGCUCGAAUCCAAUGCGAUCGGUCAAUCGACAUAGACUGGACCAUUAAUGGUAAAAGCGUACGGGAAGAUUCCAGGUGUAAGAUUGAACGAGACGGCAUGACGAGUAUUCUGAGGAUACCAUCGGUAAGCCAGCGCGAUUGCGGCGAAGUUCGUUGCAUAGUCUCGAUAUCCCGAGGCCCGUCCAUCAGUUCAAGUGCGCAGUUGCGUCUGAAGCCAUCCUCACCGUCCAAACUUCGCGAAAGUUUCUUGAAAAAUCUCGAGCCAAGAUCCCGAAGUCUAUCCAGAAUAAAGGAUGAAGGUAGCCAAAAAACAAACAGCUCGACGUCGAGUUUGCGGAUUGACGGUAACAAGGAAAAUGGAAAGAAGCGAGCGUCCAGCUUUACGCGUUUAACUUCGAGAACGCGAGAAUCAUCGAUGGAAAGUGUUCGCGAAAAAUCCCCAUUGGUUAAACAGUUACCCAAUGGUCUUUUGAGCGGCAGAUCCUUUAGAAAGACAGUAAAGACAGAUCAGACUCAUCCUAAGGGUAAUAAGGCGAGACAAGAAAAUAAAUCGAAAUUCAUUGACACGAAACCUAUGGAAACCACUACGGAACCCAUCAAAAAAGUUCACGUGAAUAUCAGGCCUGCUGAUCGAGUGUCUGUACCAGAAAUGGAGGUAGAUGAGAUUGACGAGAGCAUUAUCGAUAUUCUCGCGAAAGAGAACAUAAUCGUGCCGAUCGAAUCUAAUCCCAGCAACGAAGAGGAAGAGGUUGUUAUGGAGACUAACGAAAACAACUCCUCAAAAACAGCUCAUCCUGUCAGAAAAUCUAGUAGAGAACAAAUUGUCUUGAUCAAUCGGAUCUCAAGCACUAAGAACUCGCGAUGUAGUCCAGACUUCGAUAUAAUCGAUUCUAAACAUCACAAUAACAACAACAACUUGAACAACAAUAACAACAACAAUAAACGAGAAGAAAAGUACAAACAGAGAUUAGUGAAAGAGAACAGAACGCCACUGCUGAGAUCCUACGAUCGAAAACUAGAGAAACACAUCGUGUCGGAGCCAAAGAAGAAGGUACUGACUGGUGGUCUCAACGAGGUGCCAGCUAUGGUGAUAAGACCACCUGAUGACGUAGUCGCAUUGAGAGGAUCGACGAUAGAAUUAAUGACCAUUUACCAAGGCUAUCCAGAGCCAUAUGUCAAAUGGAUGCGGGCGGGUCGUGAGCUGGUGCUAGACGAGAGGACACACAUCACAAGUGGCGCAGGACUUUCAAGGCUGACUCUCAAUGAUAUCACAGCUGACCAAGCGGGAAAGUAUGCUAUUGCAUUAGAAAACGCCCUCGGAAGUGAUUGCCGAUUUGUCAGCGUAGCCGUUGAAGGACCACCAGAGCCACCCUGCGAUCCGCCAAUCGUGAGUCCAGUGCGCCACGAGACAGACGAGUACGGAGCGAACGUGACUUGGUGCUCGCCAGCCUACGACGGCGGCUGCGCCUUGACGGGUUACACGGUCGAAUAUCGUCGUAUAGGCGAGCUCAGUUGGCGCGUUGUUGCCGAGAAUUGCCACAGCCUCGGCCACGAGGUUUGGGGUCUGCGAGCCGGGGCGACUUAUCUGUUUCGAGUUCGGGCUGUGAACGUGCACGGUCCCGGUGAGCCCAGUCCUGAAUCCAGGCCUUUCAAGUUGCCGUUCAUCGACAUGGAUGAUGCCGUGAACAAGCUGAAGGUCGAAGAGGAUCUUGCAAUCAUGGAGGACGAAAAUGAUGAUCCCGAUGCAAUGAAAAAAAUAGUAGUUUCAGAGGAGAGACACCUCUUUCAGGAACGUUACUCGCUGCACGAGGAAUUGGGUAAGGGUCGCUACGGUGUUGUGAGGAGAGUCAUUGAAAAUCAAUCCAAAAAGCCAUAUGCCGCGAAGUUCGUGCGAACUAUAAAAAGUUCUGAUCGCCAACUAGUUCGCGAAGAAAUGAAGAUCAUGAACAUGCUGAGGCAUCCGAAACUACUUCGAUUGACCGCAGCCUUUGAAAGUCCGAAGGAGAUCGUUAUGAUCACGGAAUACAUAUCUGGCGGUGAGCUCUUUGAAAGAGUCGUGGCGGACGAUUUUACAUUAACGGAGAAGGACAGCAUUCUCUUUAUGAGGCAAAUCUGCGAGGGCGUUAAAUACAUGCAUGAGAACAACGUCGUUCACUUGGACUUGAAGCCGGAAAAUAUUUUGUGCCAUACAAGGACGUCCCAUCGAAUUAAGCUUAUCGAUUUUGGCCUGGCACAGAUACUCACUCCAAAAAAGCCAACGAGAGUGCUUUUUGGAACUCCUGAAUUCAUUCCUCCAGAAAUCAUCAAUUACGAGCCAAUCAGCACAGAGUCAGACAUGUGGAGCGUCGGUGUUAUUUGUUACGUUCUGCUGACCGGGUUAUCACCGUUUAUGGGCUCCAAUGAUGCCGAAACUUUCUCGAACAUAGUACGGGCAGACUACGACUUUGAGGACGAAUCUUUUGAUGCUAUUUCGCCAGAUGCUAAGGAUUUUAUCAGCAACUUGCUUCAAAAGAAAAAAGAACUGAGAAUGUCCGCUAAACAAUGCCUUAGUCACUCCUGGUUGGCACAACACAUGGAAAACAUGAGUCGAGUGGUUCUACCCAAGGAUAAACUCAAGACUUUCGUUGUUAGAAGAAAGUGGCAGAAAACGGGCAACGCACUUCGCGCUCUUGGACGUUUGGUAAUGCUAUCGGCAAACCGACGUGACUCCUCUGUAUCAUCCACGACGACGCGCCAAUUGAGCCACAUGUCCAGUAACGAAUCCAUGGAAUCCGAGACUGACGAUGACAGUUUUGGUAAAGGGGGACAUCGUCCACUGGGACGUUCUGCCUCUGAUGGAGUGGUUAUUAUGAAACUUGAUAAACGCAAAAAUUCCGUCACGGACUCCAAAUACAAGCACGAGGUUGAAGACUUUGAGGAAGAAGAAAAUGGAAUUGAAGGUGAUUUUGUAUCAUCCAGCAAGGAGUUGGCUCAUAAAGAACCGGAAAAAGACAUUUGUGAGAUUAGUUUGGAAAAAGAUGUUCGAAAUAAUUUUGAAUUUCUGGCUGAAAAUAGGACGAAUAGUUCUUGUGAAGGAGAAAUUGAAAAAGAACCAGAUGAGGAACUCAAUUCUUCGGUUGAAGUGACGGGAACAAUGAAUCUACCAGAUAUGGAUGGUAUUUCGUAUAAUAAAAAUGAAGAUACGUCGAAUACUGAAAUAAAAUUGAAAGAAAAGUAUAGAGAAGUAACGGAGCAAGACGAAGAGUUGGAAAGAAACGAAUCUUCAAACGUAGAUGAUAAGGACAAAGAGAAAAAUAACCUUCUUGAUUUAUCUGGAGACAAAAAGGCUUACGAUGCUAACAAUAUAGAUAAUAACUCACAAACGAAGGAAACUGAAAAAAUCAAUUUCUCACACUCUAACAGAAUUCGGGAUGUAAGAAACUCUUCUUUGGAUUCAGAUAUCAAUUGUAACAGUGCAACUACAUUUGUAUCUGCAACUUCUUCCAUGUUUGAAGGGAUUAAUCAAACAAAAUCACCAAAAAUUGUUAAGGCAGAUUUUAAGAAAUCUAACAGUCAGGAAACAACUAAAGACAAGUCGAUCUUUCAAGUUAACAAAGAUUCUGAUGUUGGUCGUGAACAGUCUAGACGUAAUGUUCACAGGCUCAAUUCGCAGUUUGAAGCCAAAUCGGGUGAGAGCUCGAGGUUAGACGGAUCGCCGAGCCGCAGUCGUCCGUUCCUACAAACCGGCACCGUCAGCCGGACGGCCAAGCUGUUUGAGAAGCUGGAAACAGAAUCCAGCAAUGGUAGCAACAAACACCACCAUCAGCAUAACCCCAAUAAAUCACAUCACGGUAACGGCAACGACAAUGCCUCGCAAGUGGAUAAGAAUGUGACUAGCGUGGCGCCAAGUGACAAAGAGCGAAUCCAAAAAACUUUUGAUUACUGGAAAAAGGAGGGAGAGUCAGUGGUCGCAAAAUAAGGAUGAAACAAAGAAGACGAGCAACUUUCUGAUAAUCAUCCCUUUUACAAAUUGUCUCGCCACGACGACCCGCGGGUGUCGGUUUUCAUUGCGGUUGAGGGUGUGCUUUUCAUUGAUUUUUCUUUCUUUCUUUCGUGAGACAGAGAUCAAAAGCACAUCGCUAUCGAGUAUUUAACUAAAGGGGUCAUUUUUUCUUUUCUGUUUUUUUAUAAUUGUUUUAAGUAACGAGAUGAUUAUUUGACUGCGAAUACGUACAUCAUCGAUUUUCAAUGCAAUCAUAUAUAAAAAACUGUAAAUCUUAUAAUGCUGAGCAUGUAAUUACACUAAGAGCAUCAAUGGACUUGGCCUUACUUAAGAUUCUAUCAAGAAUACAUACACGAAUAUAAUAUAAAAUAAUUCUUAAUGUUUGAGAGAAGACAUUUCUUUUCUUUAGAUUUGUUUCCUUUA